AGUGAGUAAGAAAGGGGUGGAGAGAGAGAGAGAGAGAGAGAGAGAAAGUGAGAGGAAGAGAGGGAGAGAGGGCGAGCGAGAUGACCAGGAGACGAGAGGCGAAGCAAGGAAAGAGAGAUACACUUUGAACACUUCUUGUUUCCUUGAGCUUCACAAGGAGUUCACAGAACCGGUUAAGAUGGCCUUCUUGUUGAUGUUCGUGACUCUGCUGCAUUUGAUCACGCUGGCCAUGAUGUUCAUCGCCACUAUGGAGAAGUCCUGGUGGACGUGGGAUGAAGUGGAGCGAGCGGAUCUCUGGCACAAAUGCAUCUACGACAACAACACAGACACCUUCAUGUGCACCUCUGCAUCUGAGAAUGAUUGGUUGCAGUCGGUGCAGGCGCUCAUGGUCCUGUCCGUGGUCCUCUCCUCCAUCUCCUUCAUUUUGUUCAUUUGCCAGCUCUUCUCCAUGUCCAGGAGGGCACUCUUCUACUUCAGUGGGCUUACCCAGAUCUUUGCAGGUCUGUCGACGUUUGCAGCAGUCCUGAUCUACACUUUCCAAAGAAAAGAGAUCCUACAAGACCCUCGGGAGCUGAGUAAGGGCCAUUUCGGCUACUGCUUUAUCCUGGCCUGGGUGUGUAUCCCCCUGCUGCUCAGUAGUGGGGUUCUCUAUGUCCACCUGCGCAAGAAAACACAUACUGCAGCCUGAAUAAAUUGUUUGGGAAUAAGCCGGUUCUAUGAAUCGACUCUUUUAGAUGUACUUUAAGAGCCGACUUGCACGUACGAGCUUUAUUUCUCUCUCUCUCUCUCUCUCUUUGUUCAGUAGCUGUAAGCAGUGUCAGUGUAUUUUAAUCAAAAUCCUUUGAAAUUUUUUUCAACAUCUGACCUGUUUGUUGUGUCAAGUGUGAAUGAUGAGACGUGUGUUUGACUUCUUUAGUGAAAUAGAUUUUAUUUAUAUAUUUUUUUAAAGUAAUGUUUUGUCAAGUAAGGUAGAGUAAGAUUAAUCAUAUCUAAGCAAAGAAGUACAAUCGCUGUUCAAUAUAUGGAAAACUUUGCCCUUCCCCCCCCCCCCCCCCCCCCCCCCCCUUUUUUUAAAGGCAACGAGCCGUUUGGGAUCCGAAAGAGUCGACUCUUAUUGGUGAGUCAAAUGUGAAUCAAAUGAUCAGACUCGCUGAAAAGAGCAGGGAUUUCAAUCAUUAACCUAAAGUAUUUUCAUAACCAAAUAUUAAUUAAGCUUAGUCAGAGGUUACAUUAUUUUGCUUUAGGCAAAUAAAAAUCAACAGUCAGUCAGUGUAGUCACAGUGCAUUUGCUUCUCAUCCCGGAUCCCUUAGCUUCCAUUCUGCCCAAAUCAGUUAUUAUUAUUAUUAUUAUUAUUAUUAUUAUUAUUAUUAUUAUUAUUAUUUUCAAAUUGUGAAUUUUUUUUAAAGAAUAUUGUUUAUAAGAGCUACCGCCUACACAGUUUACCAUCUUCCCAUAGAUGGCGCUGUUGUCCUUAAAUACAUAAAAAUUCUUAAAAUAAUUUUUUUAAAGACUAUUAUCAUAAGUAUUAUGACCAAACCUAGAGAUGGAACAAAUGUAUUAUUCUCACAAUAUCACAUAUCAAAUCAUUGCAGAAGUAUUAUUAUCAAUAGUAUUAUUUUUGGAACUGGACUGAAAUAGAUGAAAGGGUUUUUUAAAAAAUGUCCCCCAUUAGUAUUAUACAAUAUAGGGCUUUGUGGCAUGUUUUUGAAUUUCAUUUUAUUAAUAUAUUAAAACAUACAUGCAUUAAUUGUAACAAUAUUACUUUUAAUAAGAGAUGUACACAUGCACUUUUAUUUUUUUCAUAUUGUCAGUUUUCUUUCUUGAAAUAUUUUUUAUAUAGAGUAUACUAUACAAUAUGCUGUUAUUAAAGGAUCUAAAUGCUUUUUUUUAUUAAUGCAUUAACAUAUACUAUAUGAACAUUGAUGUUACCUGUAAUAAUGAAGGAACAUCUGUAAAACCUAACAUACUAAAUGGUAUAAAUGACA